GCUACAGCUCUAUGAAGCAAGCGGCUCACUUCUCUGCUGCUAGAGCAGUUCCUUCACCUGAGGCGGGCCUCAAGUCCCCGGGUAUGAGCCGGCGCCGCUGCAGCUGCUCCCCACGGCCAUCCUCCUGCUCCUGCAGCUGCAGCUCCAGCACCGUGACAGCAGCCGGGCGCCCUCGCCCCCUGGACAGUUGUAAAGAAGAAGAAAGUUCCACUCUUUCUGUUAAAAUGAAGUGUGAUUUUAACCAUGACCACCAUGUUCAUUCUGGACUUAAACUGGUAAAAUCUGAAGACGUUGGAAGACUAGGUUCCUACAUUCCUGCAUAUUUGGAAGGUUCUUGUGAGGACUGCUUUAAAGACUAUGAAAGGUUAUCAUGUCUUGGGUCACCAAUUGUGAGGCCUGGGAUUGUAGAACUUGAUACUGAAAGCAAGCCCUUGCAUAACAAGGAAAAUCAACAUGUACAACAAACACUUAAUAGUACACAUGAAACAGAGGAACUAGAGACCAGUAGACUUUAUGAAGACAGUGGGUAUUCUUCAUUUUGUCAACAAAGUGGUCUCAAUGAACAUGAAGAAGGUAGCCUUCCCCUGGAGGAAAAUUUCAGUGACAGUUCACAGUCCUGCCUGUUACAGAUACAAAGCCCAGACCAGUAUCCCAACAAAAACUUGCUGCCAAUUCUCCAUUUUCAAAAAGUCGUUUGUUCAACAUUAAAAAAGAAUGCGAAAAGAAAUCCAAAAAAAGAUUGGGAGAUACUAAAGACAACUAUAGCCAGUGGAAAUUAUAGACUACAGAAUAUAAUUGGCAGGAAAAUGGGCCUAGAGUAUGUAGAUAUUCUCUGUGAACUCUUUCGAAGAGGACUUAAACAUCUUCUAGCAAAUAUUUUAACACAGCUCAGUGAUAUGGACUUAAUCAAUAUGUCUAAAGUGAGCACUACUUGGAAGAAGAUUCUAGAAGAUGAUAAAGGAGCAUUCCAGUUGUAUAAUAAAGCCAUACAGAGAGUUACUGAAGGCAACAUAAAUUUAUCAGCACAUACUUCAACCAGAGAUUAUGUUAUGCUCAGAAUCCCACUGGCUUCUGUUCAAGAAGCAACAGCUCAGACUUCUCUCCCAAAAGAUGCUCAGACCAAGUUAUCCAGUCAAGGUGAUCAGAAGGGUUCUACUUACAGUCGACACAGUGAAUUCUCUAAGGUUGCCAAGACCUUGAAAAAGAACGAAAGCCUCAAAGCCUGCAUUCGUUGUAAUUCACCUGCAAAAUACGAUGGCUACUUAGAGCGAGCAACAUGCAAACGGGAAGGCUGUGGAUUUGAUUAUUGUACACGGUGUCUGUGUGACUAUCAUGCCACCAAAGACUGUUCGAAUGGCAAGCACCUAAAAGCCAGUUGUAAAACGGGUCCCUUGCCUGGUACUAAAAAAAGCAAAAAGAAUUUACGAAGAUUGUGACCUCUUACUAAAUCAAUUGUUAGUGAUCAUGAAUAUAAGUUAGAAAAAUUAGGUUUUAACUUAAA